UUACGCCGCCCCUGCCCGCAGGACAUCAUCCACGACCCGGGCCGCGGCGCGCCGCUCGCCAAGGUGGUCUUCCGGGAUCCGUACCGGUUUAAGAAGCGGACGGAGCUGUUCAUUGCCGCCGAGGGCAUUCACACGGGACAGUUUGUGUAUUGCGGCAAGAAGGCCCAGCUCAACAUUGGCAAUGUGCUCCCUGUGGGCACCAUGCCUGAGGGUACGAUCGUGUGCUGCCUGGAGGAGAAGCCUGGAGACCGUGGCAAGCUGGCCCGGGCAUCAGGGAACUAUGCCACCGUUAUCUCCCACAACCCUGAGACCAAGAAGACCCGUGUGAAGCUGCCCUCCGGCUCCAAGAAGGUUAUCUCCUCAGCUAAUAGAGCUGUGGUUGGUGUGGUGGCUGGAGGUGGCCGAAUUGACAAACCCAUCUUGAAGGCUGGCCGGGCCUACCACAAAUAUAAGGCAAAGAGGAACUGCUGGCCACGAGUACGGGGUGUGGCCAUGAAUCCUGUGGAGCAUCCUUUCGGAGGUGGCAACCACCAGCACAUCGGCAAGCCCUCUACCAUCCGCAGAGACGCCCCUGCUGGCCGCAAAGUGGGUCUCAUUGCUGCCCGCCGGACUGGACGUCUCCGGGGAACCAAGACUGUGCAGGAGAAAGAGAACUAGUGCUGAGAGCCUCAAUAAAGUUUGUCUUUAUGCCACC